AAGGAUAUUGUCCAAUUUGUCAAUGACAAAUUGACAAUUUUCGUCUUAAACGUGCAUGAGAUAUUUCAAAUUUUAAUAUUUGGAAAAUAUUUUUAGGGAAAAUUAUUAAAGAAAUACAAAAAAAUGUCAGGACUAGCUAGAGGUUUGCGGCUCUUGAGUAUGAGUAGGUCAGUAAGACAAUUCUCGAACAGAUCGGUUCUUAUUGGAUUGAGUAAGCGUCCUAUUCAUACUCCUGGAUUAUUUUCUAAUGAAAUUUCUGCUAGCCAGAUACAACUUCGAUUUUAUUCACCAGAAAUUAAGAGUAAACCUUCUGAAGAAGAAGUGAAAAAGCGAGUCCUGAACGUUUGCGCUUCUUACGAUAAGGUCACAGCUGAGAAGAGGUCCAGGUUGCCACGAUUUUACAGCUCCAAACCGCCUCUUACUAUUGAUCUAAUAAGUCAAAGAGUUUGUCUGGUGCUUAAAUUGUACGAUAAAGUUAACCCAGAAAAGCUGACUUUAGAUUCUCAUUUCAUGAAUGACUUAGGUCUUGAUUCUUUAGAUCAUGUUGAAGUGAUCAUGGCUAUGGAAGAUGAAUUUGGAUUUGAGAUUCCUGAUGCUGAUGCAGAAAAACUUCUCAAACCUGCAGAUAUUGUUAGAUAUAUUUGUGAUAAAGAGGAUAUUUAUGAAUGAACAUACUUUAGAUUGUAGUAUAAUUGAUGUUUAAGUUGAUAAGUAAAGUAAGCCAAUACUGAA